CGCUCUCUCUGAGUGCUCCGUUUCUUCCCAGGAGCUUCUGACUCGAACCUGCGCGCCCUCCUCCUCCUACUUCCUCGUCUUAUUAUUCUUAUUCUAAUUCUUCUUCUUUCUUCCUCUGCACUCUCCGCUUGGGCAGCCUUCAUGGGAGAGAGUUGCAGUUCAUUCGUGGCCUUUGUGGAAUAGGAGCACUGUUCUUAACGUGACCGGCUGGAGCGGAUAGAGAAGACUCUUCAAGAUUCCCAGAGAGGUCGGAGCUGGCUGCAUUAGUUUUCACUGGAUUGUGCUUUUUCCAUUUUCAUUUUGGGGAAUGUUGAAGAGUCUUGCACUUCUAACCCUCCAGUGAUCAAUUAAUUUGAAUAUUGAAGGCCUGAAAAUUGGUGGAGAUAAAGGCAACUGGUUUCCUGGCUCAUGACAAUCUAGUUAACAAUUUGAUUGGCAGAAUGUUAGCACCAGCUGUGGAAGGAUCAAUCAACCUCAACUGAAGUGUUCUAUCCUGAGACAAAACAACAGGAUGUGCCUUGGAGAAGAAUCUCAGGGUGGAAAAAUUGGAAUUGAAUUAAAACCUACACACUCAGGGAGCCGUGGUUCACAAGGUUGAGGUGAGAGAUCUGGGGAGCAGCAGAAUUGAAAAACACCAAAGCUUUGAAAAACCUUCAUCUGGAAUUUCAGAUUGGAGAGAUUCGCAGUGGCUUCUAAGCCAGUGACCGAAGCCUCCAAAGCAUGCUGGUGCCAAGCUGUCAGAUGAUGCUUAUAGCCAGGCCAGUAGUAGUGCUCCUGAGCUUCCUACUCUGUGCUGAUGCUGAAACACCACCAAAGUUUGCAAGGGUACCCGUUGACCAGACAGGGGUCUCAGGAGGAGUUGCAUCAUUCAUCUGUCAAGCUUCGGGAGACCCAAGACCUAAAAUUGUCUGGAAUAAAAAGGGCAAGAAAGUCAGCAACCAGAGAUUUGAGGUAGUAAUAGAGUUUGAUGAUGGAUCUGGAUCAGUUCUGAGAAUACAACCACUACGGACUCCACGAGAUGAAGCUAUUUAUGAAUGUGUUGCUUCCAACAGUGUUGGAGAAAUAAGUGUGUCUACGAGACUCACUGUAUUGCGUGAGGAUCAAAUUCCUCGUGGUUUCCCCACCAUUGACAUGGGCCCACAGUUAAAGGUGGUUGAACGCACUCGAACGGCCACCAUGUUAUGUGCAGCCAGCGGCCAUCCUGAUCCUGAAAUAACUUGGUUCAAAGAUUUCUUACCUGUGGACACAAGCAACAACAAUGGGCGCAUCAAACAGUUGAGAUCAGAAUCUAUUGGUGGUACACCAAUAAGAGGUGCCCUCCAAAUCGAAUUGAGUGAAGAAUCUGACCAAGGCAAAUAUGAGUGUGUUGCAACCAACAAUGCGGGUACCCGCUAUUCUGCCCCUGCCAAUCUAUAUGUCAGAGAGCUGCGAGAAGUUCGUCGAGUCCCACCAAGGUUCUCAAUCCCACCCACCAACCAUGAGAUCAUGCCAGGAGGAAGUGUUAAUAUCACCUGUGUUGCUGUGGGGUCACCAAUGCCCUAUGUGAAAUGGAUGCUGGGGGCUGAAGAUCUGACCCCGGAAGAUGAUAUGCCAAUAGGAAGGAAUGUCUUGGAGCUGAAUGAUGUCAGGCAGUCUGCCAACUACACCUGUGUGGCCAUGUCCACGCUUGGUGUCAUAGAAGCAAUAGCACAGAUAACUGUCAAAGCCUUACCUAAAUCUCCAGGAACUCCUGUGGUGACUGAAAGCACAGCAACAAGCAUCACUUUGACUUGGGAUUCUGGAAACCCUGAGCCAGUGUCUUACUACAUAAUCCAGCAUAAACCUAAAAGCUCUGAGGAACCUUAUAAAGAAAUUGAUGGAGUAGCUACAACACGAUACAGUGUUGCUGGUUUAAGCCCAUAUUCUGAGUAUGAGUUCAGAGUUGUUGCUGUCAAUAACAUUGGACAUGGCCCGCCCAGCGAACCUGUGUCAACACGGACCUCAGAGCAGGCACCAUCUAGUGCGCCACGUAAUGUACAGGCUCGUAUGUUGAGCUCAACCACGAUUUUGGUGCAGUGGGAAGAACCGGAGGAACCAAAUGGUCAAAUUCAAGGUUAUAGAGUGUAUUAUACCAUGGACCCUUCCCAACACGUCAAUAGUUGGUUGAAGCACAACGUGGCUGACAGCCAUAUCACAACCAUUGGGAAUCUAAUACCACAGAAAACCUACUCUGUAAAAGUUCUCGCUUUUACCUCAGUUGGAGAUGGACCUCUUUCUAGUGAUAUUCAAGUCAUCACUCAGACAGGAGUACCUGGACAGCCAUUGAACUUCAAAGCAGAACCUGAAUCUGAAACAAGCAUAUUACUUUCUUGGACUCCUCCACGGUCUGAUACAAUCUCCAAUUAUGAUCUCGUUUACAAAGAUGGAGAACAUGGAGAAGAGCAGAGAAUUUCUAUUGAACCAGCAACAUCUUACCAUUUGCAAGGCCUGAAACCAAAUAGUUUAUAUUACUUUCGUCUCUCUGCGCGCUCUCCGCAGGGGCUUGGUGCUUCAACUGCAGAAAUUUCAGCCAGAACAAUGCAGUCAAAGCCAUCAGCUCCUCCUCAAGACAUUAGUUGCAACAGCCCCAGCUCCACUAGCAUUUUGGUAAGUUGGCAACCUCCUCCAGUGGAAAAACAGAAUGGAAUUAUCACUUCCUACUCCAUCAAGUACACUGGAACUGAUGGGGAAGAUGACAAGCCCCAUGAAAUUUUGGGAAUUGCUCCGGACACUACACAGUACCUUUUGGAACAGUUGGAAAAAUGGACUGAAUAUCGGAUUUCUGUGACAGCCCACACUGAUGUCGGACCUGGCCCAGAGAGUGAAUCUGUAUUGAUUCGGACAGAUGAAGAUGUUCCUAGUGGUCCUCCUCGCAAAGUCGAGGUAGAGGCUGUCAACUCUACAUCUGUUAAAGUCUCAUGGCGUUCCCCAGUGCCCAAUAAGCAGCAUGGUCAAAUCCGUGGAUACCAGGUGCAUUAUGUGAAGAUGGAGAAUGGAGAGCCUAGGGGCCAACCCAUGCUGAAGGAUAUCAUGUUGGCUGAUGCACAGUGGGAAUAUGAUGAUACUACUGAACAUGAAAUGAUUAUAUCUGGACUACAGCCUGAAACAACAUAUUCCCUAACUGUGACAGCCUAUACAACUAAAGGAGAUGGUGCACGCAGCAAGCCAAGACUAGUGUCUACCACUGGUGCAGUUCCAGGAAAACCUCGCCUUGUGGUUAGCCAUACACAAAUGAGUACGGCUCUCAUUCAGUGGCAUCCCCCUGCUGACACGUAUGGCCCCCUGCAAGGAUACCGCCUGAGGUUUGGCCGAAAAGACAUUGAUACAUUAAAGAUGCGGGAAUUUACGGAGAAGGAUGACCACUACACAGCCACGGAUAUCCACAAAGGGACUUCCUAUGUCUUCAGGCUUGCAGCCAGAAAUAAAGUGGGCUUUGGGGAGGAAGUGGUUAAAGAAAUUUCAAUUCCAGAAGAUCUACCAAGUGGAUUUCCUCAAAACCUACAUUCAGAAAGUGCCACUUCAUCAUCGGUCCUGUUAACUUGGCAGCCACCCAUUUUAUCAGAGAGAAAUGGAAAUAUCACUAAAUAUACCCUGCUAUACAGGGACAUCAAUGCAGCACACCACCCUACAGAGGUCCCUGUUGUUUCUGCCAAUACUGUUAUGACACUUUCGGGCUUAAAACCAGAUACCACAUAUGAUGUAAAAAUUCGUGCACACACAAGCAAAGGGCCUGGUCCAUAUAGUCCAAGUGUCCAGUUCAGGACACUACCUGUGGAUCAAGCAGUGUUUGCAAAAAAUUUCCAUGUCAAAGCUGUAAUGAAGACAUCAGUAUUUCUCUCUUGGGAGAUACCAGAGAAUUAUAACUCUGCCAUGCCUUUCAAAAUCCUAUAUGAUGAUGGGAAAAUGGCGGUUGAGGUGGAUGGCCGAGCUACUCAGAAACUGAUUACCAACCUGAAGCCUGAGACGUCAUAUUCAUUUGUCCUAACUAAUAGAGGGAAUAGCGCUGGGGGUCUUCAGCACAGGGUGACAGCAAAGACAGCUCCAGAUGUACUACAAACCCAGCCACUCUUUAUCGACAAGACCAAUGUUGAUGGCAUGGUAACAGUGAAACUACCUGAAGUACCUGCUAAUAAAACUAUAAAAGGUUACUAUAUCGUAAUUGUGCCUUUAAAGAAGUCUCAUGGGAAAUUUAUCAACCCAUGGGAGAGCCCAGAUGAAAUGGAAUUGGAUGAGCUACUUAAGGAGAUAGCACGGAAACGCAGAAGCAUUCGUUUGGGGAGAGAAGCAGAUUUAAAGCCAUAUAUUGCAGCACACUUUGAAGUACUUCCUACUGAGUUCACCCUGGGGGAUAAGAAACAGUAUGGUGGCUUCGAGAACAAGCAGCUCCAAAACAGCCAAGAAUAUGUUGUCUUUAUUUUAGCUGUUAUGGAACAUUCAGAAUCUACCAUGUAUGCAACCAGCCCAUAUUCGGAAACUGUUGUGUCAGUGGAUCUUAAUCCCCAGCCAAUUACAGAUGAAGAAGAAGGAUUGAUUUGGGUUGUAGGACCAGUUCUAGCAGUUGUGUUUAUUAUCUGUAUUGUUAUAGCUAUACUGCUUUAUAAAAGUAGUAAACCUGACAGGAAAAGGGCAGAGACGGAUUCUAGAAAGAGCAGUAUACCCAACAGCAAGGAAAUUCCUUCUCAUCAUCCCACUGACCCAGUAGAACUACGACGCCUUAAUUUUCAGACUCCAGGUAUGGCUAGCCAUCCACCCAUACCUAUUUUGGAACUCGCAGAUCAUAUUGAAAGGCUGAAAGCUAAUGACAAUUUGAAGUUUUCCCAGGAAUAUGAGUCAAUUGAUCCAGGCCAGCAAUUCACAUGGGAGCACUCUAAUCUGGAAGUAAAUAAACCAAAGAAUAGAUAUGCGAAUGUUAUUGCUUAUGACCAUUCUCGAGUCCUCCUGUCGGCUAUAGAAGGCAUACCAGGCAGUGAUUAUAUCAACUCUAACUACAUAGAUGGUUAUAGAAAGCAGAAUGCCUACAUUGCAACACAAGGAGCCCUCCCUGAAACCUUUGGAGAUUUCUGGAGAAUGAUGUGGGAACAAAGGGGCGCAACUGUCGUCAUGAUGACCAAACUGGAAGAAAGGUCCAGGGUCAAGUGUGAUCAGUACUGGCCUAGCAGAGGAACAGAAACAUAUGGACUGAUCCAAGUGACUUUGCUGGACACUGUGGAGUUAGCAACAUACUGUGUUAGGACAUUUGCACUUUAUAAGAAUGGGUCAAGUGAAAAAAGAGAAGUAAGACAGUUCCAGUUUACCGCCUGGCCUGACCAUGGAGUUCCAGAACACCCUACACCAUUCCUAGCUUUCUUACGACGAGUCAAAACCUGUAAUCCUCCUGAUGCUGGACCAAUGGUUGUUCACUGCAGUGCUGGAGUUGGCAGGACCGGCUGUUUCAUUGUAAUAGAUGCUAUGCUAGAGAGAAUAAAGCAUGAAAAGACUGUAGAUAUUUAUGGCCACGUAACUUUAAUGAGAGCCCAGAGGAAUUACAUGGUUCAAACAGAGGACCAAUACAUCUUCAUCCAUGAUGCACUGCUUGAAGCAGUGACAUGUGGAAAUACCGAAGUGCCAGCCCGAAAUCUGUAUGCAUAUAUUCAGAAGCUGACACAAAUAGAAGUGGGAGAGAAUGUCACAGGAAUGGAACUGGAAUUUAAGAGGCUAGCCAGCUCUAAAGCUCACACGUCAAGAUUCAUCAGUGCCAAUCUUCCAUGUAAUAAAUUUAAAAAUCGCCUUGUUAAUAUUAUGCCAUAUGAAUCCACAAGGAUAUGUUUGCAGCCCAUCCGAGGGGUAGAAGGUUCUGAUUAUAUUAAUGCCAGUUUUAUCGAUGGAUACAGGCAACAAAAAGCCUAUAUAGCUACACAGGGACCUUUGGCAGAAACAACAGAAGAUUUCUGGAGGAUGCUUUGGGAACACAACUCAACCAUUGUAGUCAUGCUUACUAAGCUAAGAGAAAUGGGCAGAGAAAAAUGUCACCAGUACUGGCCAGCAGAGCGCUCAGCAAGGUAUCAGUACUUUGUGGUGGAUCCCAUGGCAGAGUAUAAUAUGCCACAGUACAUCCUAAGAGAAUUCAAGGUCACAGAUGCCAGGGAUGGCCAGUCUCGAACAGUGAGACAGUUCCAGUUCACCGACUGGCCUGAACAAGGAGUGCCAAAGUCGGGGGAAGGGUUCAUUGACUUCAUAGGCCAAGUGCAUAAAACGAAAGAGCAAUUUGGGCAAGAUGGGCCAAUUUCUGUUCACUGUAGUGCGGGUGUUGGAAGGACUGGUGUGUUCAUAACCUUGAGCAUCGUAUUGGAAAGAAUGAGAUAUGAAGGUGUUGUAGAUAUCUUCCAAACUGUCAAAAUGUUAAGGACGCAACGGCCAGCCAUGGUACAGACAGAGGAUCAAUACCAGUUCUGCUAUCGAGCCGCACUAGAAUACCUGGGCAGCUUUGAUCACUAUGCAACGUAAACAAAACAAAAACAAAAAAACCCUGACCCAUCCUGGAUUUUUAACUGCAGGCCCUUUAAGAUCCAGAGAGCCUCUUCUGAGCCAUACAGUGUGCUUGAGAAGUAUUUCUUUACUCCUAACUAAAGACCAAUUAGUGGGAAAUAUUAAAAGAAAAAAAAACCCUUAUUCCAGGUGGACCAACAAUUCACAGUUCAAUAAACCUAACCAGAAACACAGCAGAAGAAUCCUGACUGGUUGAGGCAUCUGAAGGAUUACAUUUUACAGAUACCUCAAGGAUUCAGCUUUGGUUGAGGUUAAAGGGAAGAAGAAAUUCCUGCAAAGAACCAUCAUCUUGUUCAGGAUUGCAUGAUUGUUAACAGUGCUAAUUUUGGAAGGACUGCAAUUCAGGGCAAGAUGCUAAUCAAAAAGCCAAUACCUGGCUCCUCUGGAAAAAAGAAGAUGGACUCUUUGCUUCAACAUCUCCCCUUCUCACCAUAUUGCUCAUAAACAACAGUUGGGGAUGGGUGGGUGGGAGAAGGGCGAAUGUUUAAAAAGAAAGUCCUUGAUUUAGUUUUUUAGUAUUGUAAAGAUACUGCUGACCUGUGCUUCAUUUUUAACUGUGUAAACUUUUUUCUUUUUUUAAACAGAAGUUUAUCAUUCAAUGAAGUGAUUUUAAAAAGUUGCAUAACUGUUCAUUUUUUGUUUCAGAAUUGUAGUUUUUUUAUGCUGUAGAACUGUUAUCUGUAAUAUCUCGCUGUAGAAAUGUUAAAUAAUUUGAAAAUUUGUACAUUUUUGUGCAGCCCUAUAUUUAUCUCCAGGACCACAUCCUCAUGUAGGUAUUACUUUUACAUUUUCAUUUUGAUUUUUAAUGAAAUAUCAAAGUUAAUCUACAUAUGGAAGGCUUUAUUUUAGUUUCUUUUGGAAUCAACAGGGAAGCGCAAAGUAUAAAGCUGUACUAAUACACAAACACACAGACCUUUCUCUAUCUAUAAAUAUAUGUAUAUCUCUCUGAUUGUCUCUCUAUCUAUUUACAGCAAUACACGUAGAUAGAUAGACAGAAAUGCACACAAUUAUAAAUAAAUGUAUGUAUAUACACACACACACAUAUCAGUUCUUCCAUGACUUGGAUUUAUUGGGGCUGUGAGAUAAAAUCCAAAAUGCUACACUGAGUCCAUACAGUAUUUCUGAACAUUUUUGUAUUUCAAGGUUUUCUUUUUUUUCUUUUCCUAGGGGAAAUGAGGAAUGCACAUCAGUGAUACUUGAAUCUCAGUCCUACCCAAAAAUAAAGGACGGAAAUCAUGUGUGUGCAUGCACACACACACAAACUCACAUUUACAAUGUUAAAGCUUCCAGUAAAGUUUGGUAUUUGUAACACCUUAGUGCAAUAACAGACCAUACUAAAUAUAGGAAGUGUGCAUGUGGAAAAGGUCAGUGCAUAUCCCCUUAGGAGGGGAGAAUGUUGUAAUAUAAUAGUUGUCAAGAUGUUUUAAAAAUGUAUUCACUCGUAUAAUUGUCUAUAGUAUACAGUAAGAAAUUUGCAUUGUUGAUGUAUAAUGGGGCAAAGCCAAACUCAUGUUGCUCUGUUAAAUCAGAAAUGUUUUGUGGCAUACAGCAUUUGUUGGAAAUGCUGAGUUUUUUAUUUUAAUUUUUUGCAUUUAGAGUGCCUUAUAUUUGAUGCCUAUUUUGAUAGCAUUUCUUCAGGUUUUGUUCUUUCUGUAUUUACAUUAGUUAACUCAUACUUCUGUUUCAUUCUUCCCCCCGCCCCUCUUUCAAUUAAAGCAUUAUCUUUUUCAUAGAUGGACAAAGAGGUCUUUUAACUGUAGGCAUUCCUGAUGUUUACCCAAGUGUUAAAUAUAAUAAAUAUUCAUCCAAAGCUGUUGGGCAGUCAAGGGCCCUUUAUCUAGCCUUCAGACAAAUCCGUUAGCUUAAUGGAAUGGUUACCGUACCAGUAACGGUUCUUCCAAACUAGCGCUAUAAACCAUUAUUAUGUUGGUGAUUAGGAUCUAGCAUUGCCACUGUGGAAAAAGAGGAUGGCUCUCCUACUUCCAAGAGAAGCAGGCAUUAAAGUGGUUCUUAAUUUAAAACCUGUCUUUCAUUUGUGGCCAAGGUGUGCUCAUCUUACUUUGGGACCUCCAUAGGUCAGUAAAGCUGGGUAAAUGGACACAGGGCAGCGGUUAUGUUAUAUUUUUUAUGAUGGUCAGCACCAGAGAAACAUUUCAAAGGAAAUCAUUUUCUCUUGUCUUGGUCUUAGUUAAACCUGUUACCAUGUCUAAUACAAAUAUCGAAAGAACCUUCAUCUUGAUUUAAGAUUUACUUUUUCCAUGUUUAAUUCAUCGCUACCAGAAAUAUUAAAAGACCAAACACUAGAAGUCAUUCUAUUUGAGCACUUUUAUAAAAAACAAAGACAAAAAACCUUAAAAAGCGCAAAAAUGGAAAAACUUAAAAGUAUAUAUGUAUAAUAAUAAAGUAUUAUAGAAGGCUACCUCAGAAUGAGAUUCUCUAAUUUACAUCAGAAUCAGAAAAGAAUGUGCACUAUAUGUUUCCUUUUAAUUUCUGUCAAAAGAAUACAGAAAGUGCUAGAUAAUACAACUGGUGCUUUUAGCUAAAAGUACAGUCAACAGACAUUCAUGGUUGAAAAAUGCUACGCUUUAGAAGCACAGAUGAAAGGCACAUCUGCACAGAAAUUUUCUGUGUUCUGUUUGGUAAUUAAGUGCAAAAUUGGAAGCGCAGAAAGCAAUACCCCCCCCCCCCAAAGGGAGGCACUGUUUCACAAAAGGGUUUUGUGUGGCUUUGCUCUGAGGAAACCUGCAGUGCAGGCAAUAUCAGGGGUGCACAGAACCUGUGUGGCUUAUGGAGAUCACAUGUGCAUGGCUGAUACUUCUAGAAAGCCCUGUGUGGACAUGCUCCAGGAAAGACAGUGGCUCAUGAGAGCAACAAAUAGAUCAGGCCUUCCACUCUGGUACAAUAUUUUGACUUUUAAAAGAAAAGCAUUAGGCAAACUGCUAUUGAAAGUGAGUUCUUCACAGGAGAAAAAAAAGGACAUAACAUCCACACAUGCUAUUACAGGAGUGCUUCUAAAGGGAACUCUGUCAGAAUCAUUGAUGUGCAUUCCAUUUUCUGUAACUUUUUUGUCUAGCGAUUUUCUUCUUUCUCAAUUUUUUAAAUGAAUAGGCCUCAUUAUUUGCCAUUUAUCAAGCUCGGGAUUUGUUUUCAUCAGCAUAACCAGUACGGUGCUAUAAUUUACCUAUGUAUGUGUAGUUGUGUAUAAUUUUGUAAUUAGUUAACAAUGGAGAAAUACGCAAAAUAUAUAAAAAUUAUUUGUACAGAACUUUUAUUUUAGCUCUUUUUUAAAAAAAUGGUUUGCAUGGUUAGACAUUGGCAAGGAUGGUUGGGGGAAGGGAAGGGGUCCUCUAGGGAGAAUUGCACUUUCUAUACCUUUCUACUAUGCACUGCCCUAUUGAUUCUACACCCAAUAGUAUUAUUACUUGAACCCAUCUAUAAGAAAACUGCUUAUGAAAAUCCACUUGUGUGUAUGUAAAUAACACAAAACAUGUUAAAGGGAGGGAGGUUGCGGGGGCAACAAUAAAAUGCAGGUUUUCUUCCCCCUCUCCCCCCACCUUUUUACAAUUUUAAUUUCUGUCCUUUGAAUGCCCUGAUACUCCACCAGAAUAUCAGAAGGCUGCAGGUCCCGUCAUCCAUCUGUUACGUGGCUUUGCCAUUCAAGCUUGGAGUGUCUUUACAAAGAUAAUACCAGUUGUGUUCUUUGCUCUCGUUUUGGAUGCCUAGACUGAAAAAUUAAAAAAAAAGAUUACCUUGUAAAAUGGCUUGUUAAAAAAAUACAAUUACCUCUAAUUAGUAGUACGCGUAAAUGUUUUACAGAAUGAAAGGCGUGCUUUUUAUUUUCUUACUUCGUUACAUUGGUGGCGAAAGAAAGUCUGUAUGAAAAUCAGUUCUUUGCUGACACAAGUUCCAUUUGUUACAAAUGAAUUCUAAUAAAAAUGUCAGUGUUAUGCA